AUGGUUCCAAAGGCCCUUGUCCCGUUCCUCGUCUCCAUGAUGUUGGUGACGGGAGUUUGCAACACGCUCCUCACCAAGUACCAGGACAUGCAAUGUGUGAGAAAUUGUGACUCACCAGACCCCAGCAAGAGAGUCGCUUUUGAGCAGCCGGUUCUUCAGACACUACAGAUGUUCGUUGGAGAAAUGGGCUGCUGGCUCGUCUUGUUUUGCAUCGAUAUCUGGAAAGGCUUCAUCGUACCCCGAUUCUCCUCCGCACCGCUAUUUGCCGAUGGAUAUCAGUCCAUCAGCAACUCCGAGGAUGACGCCGCUUACGAAGCCGAUGAUGAAGCUGGUAAUAGACGUAAACUCGACGAAGACACAAGGACACAGCUGAGUGGGAAGAAGAUAAUGCUUCUUGCUCUACCGGCUUGCUGUGACAUCACCGGCACUACCUUGAUGAAUGUCGGCCUUUUGUUUGUUGUCGCCAGCAUCUACCAGAUGACCCGAGGAGCCCUCGUUCUAUUUGUGGGCCUGUUCAGCGUUAUUUUCCUCAGAAGGAAGUUGUAUUUCUAUCAGUGGUCUGCGCUGGUCUGCGUCGUUGUCGGAGUGGCCCUAGUCGGCCUUGCGGGUGCCAUCUUCCCUGACCAUCAUAAACCAGCCGUACACGGCACUCCUGAAAACGCUGACGCUCUUGUUGCUCUCUUCAAACGUGCCCAUGAGUCCUUUACCACCACCGAAAAACACGUUGACCCACUACGUGUCGUUCUCGGUGUUUUCCUGAUUGCUUUUGCCCAAAUAUUCACCGCAUCUCAGUUUGUGCUAGAGGAAUGGAUUCUUGAAAAGUACUCUAUGAACCCGCUGAAAGUUGUUGGCUGGGAGGGAAUAUUCGGAUUUUUGGUCACUGCUUUGGCAAUGGUGAUUCUGCAUUUCACUAUCGGCGUUAGCGAGAGUGGCAAGCUUGGAUACUUUGAUGCCGUAGAGGGAUGGAGAAACAUGACUGAACACAAGACUGUUGCCGUAACCAGCAUUCUAAUCAUGAUCAGUAUCGGGGGUUUCAAUUUCUUCGGCCUUAGUGUCACACGCUCGCUAUCUGCGACUUCACGGAGCACCAUUGACACCUCUAGGACCCUGUUCAUCUGGCUGGUCUCCCUCGGUCUCGGCUGGGAGACCUUCAAGUGGUUACAGGUCGUUGGUUUCGCCAUGCUCGUCUAUGGAACUUUCCUUUUCAACGAUAUCAUUACACCACCACUCAAGGCUUGCUUACCCUCUCCUGGCGAACCUGCUCAUGAACGACUCCUCCCUGAGGAACCGAUUGAACAUAUAUAA